AUGGGGUUCUACCAGCACCUCAACGACUGCUUGGGAUCAUCUUCUUCAGCAAGGCCCGCUGAUAAUGCCUCAAAGUCUAACCCCAAUGUCCUUCGAAGGAAGAAGUCGUCCCUGUCCCGAGAUGUCACGACAACUCGCAAUGGAUCAUCUCGAACGAGCUCCUCAUCAUCUCAGCAAAAGCAACAGAGCUCGCUCGACCCGGAACGUCUCGGAACACCACUGGAUCGAGAACUCACCUGCAGCCCGGCCGAGAUCCAAGUUGCAGAGGUCAUUGAGGUAACGAAGCCAGGAAGGUCAUCGGUCAUCUACCCUGAGCUCGACCGAUAUCGAAACAUCCGACGACCUUCAGAUAGCUCUGAGACCCAUAUCGAAGUUCCAUUCCGAUUAGCGACACACGACCUCCCGCCUCCUACCCCGGCCAGUUUACUCUUUUCCGGAACUAGUGGUAGUCCUUCGACUAGGUUUUCGGAGUCUCCUGGACCAGGACCUUACAGCCGUGACACCACCCCGACUUCGAUUGCUUCCCAGUCGCCUUGCCUGAUUGUACCUCAUCGCAGCAACCAAGUCAAAGGCCGAUUGCAAAGUCCUUCUAUCACUAGGCCCCCGGUUACUAGACGAAGGGCCGGCAGUAUCCCGAAUGAGGUUGAUGCUAUCACCGCUGAUCCCCAUGGAUUGGCGUCUGUCAGAGAGUCGCUGGCUUCUUCUUCCUCGAACUCAACUGUUCGGGAAGCCACCAUCAAGAAGAACAAGAAACUGCCACCACCACCCCCAAGCCCUCCACCACGAAAGUCUUCACAACAUUUCAGGGAGGAGACCUCAUCGCCAAGGAGUGUGCGAAAGGUAUCACGGCCUGUUCUGCGAUCUCCUUCACCUGACCGGACCCAGUCCUCCGCGUCCCCAAGGGCCAUCCCGCCUUCACGACCCAGCCGAGAUGGCACCCCAGAUAUGCAGUCACAAUUAUUCAGUGCCAUACCGGUCAUCCACAGCAACCUUUCCUCCCAAUCUCUGCCGAUAGAGAGACGGGGAAGUGAUUCGGGGAUCCCGUCCACUCUCUCGCCUCCUACCACGCAGAUUUCCCAUGGCACUAGGGCAUCGUCGACGUCUCAACUCCCUAUCAAAGGUGAAAUGUCUUCUCGGACCGGGACGAGAGUGGUAACAGAACCCCAAAAGACCAAGCCUACUGAGAAGCCUAGAGCCACUCGCACGCCAAGCCCUCAUGUGCCGAGCUCCUUCUCGCGGUUCCCUUUUUUUGGUCGCAAAAAGACUGCAGAGGUAAUUCAGCCAGAUAAGAAGGAGAAGGAGAAGGAGAAGGAAAAAGAAGAUGAAAAGGACAAGAAGCCUGUCCGCAAAGGCCCUGCAGCUGGCACCGGCCAUGAAGGCUAUGGACGCCUCGGCACUCAUAAACGACGCAGUGGAAGCAUCAGCAAAUUGGUUCGUGGAAACAAAGCAUCCCAGGAGACCCUCGCCAGCAACGACUCCUUUUUGUCCGACCGUGUCAACCCUGUGGUCAUUGCUGGGGGUGAGGUUGUCGAAAACCGAAAUGCGAGUUCAGAACUGUCUCGGACUGAGAGUUCUCAGAGUCUGAGUAGUGAUCUGCCCAAGCCUGGAAGUUCACAUGCCCGCAAAAACUCUCGGCACACCUUAUGGCCAUCACCUAUGUCACGCACUCCCCAUCCUGCCUUCAGCCCUCGCCGACCCUCUGAGAGCAGUGAGUCUGAUGUUGUUACAAUGAACUCGACUAUUGCUUUUCGGAGGUCUGUUCAGCGUCUCCGGUCCUCGCCCGAGGAUCCUUUGAGACUUCCCCAUCCUAUCAACACAUCUGGCACUACCACAUCACCAAUGACGAGCUUUGAUACCAGUGUCAUGUCAGACGACUCCCACUUUGAGUUGCAACGCGAGAUUUCUCGCGAGGCGAGACCAGCCCAUCCUGCUCCCAAGAAGCUCGUCAAGAGACCACGCUCGCCUCGGAAGUGGAACUUGUUUGGAAGGUCAACGAGUAGCCAGCAAGUUCCCAAGCAGAACGAGAAGGUUGCUGCCACAGUCAAGGUUGUUGAGAAGAAGCCUAUGCCCUUCUAUGCAAUGAUGGACUCGUCUGAGCAAGACGAUAGCGAGCCUAUGGACGUUCAAGAAGUCUUGAGGUACGCUGAAGUUUAUGGGAAGUCGCCUAGUCUUGGUGGAACCCCCGAACUUCCCCAAGAAACACCUGAGGUGCGCUCGUCCACGAGUUCUCUGACACGACCUGCACAGCAGGCGCGGAGGAGAAGCCUCGAGCCCAAGGCCAAAGCCAAGGUCCGAUCACCUCCUGCUCAGCAAACUGUGAAGGUACCCAUUGUUCAACCAACAUCAUCAGGUACCACCACGGGCCGACGCAGCAGGCUUCCCCAAGUUGGUAGGAUCCCCAAGGUGGUGAGCAACCGGACUGAGAAUACUGCCUCCCCCAAGAGCUUUUCUCGUCCCUUCAGAGCCAGUUUGCAACUGGAUCCUCCCAAUCUUGAGGUUCCUGACGUCGACCCGGUCGCCAAGGGCCCAACACCCCCCAAGCCAUCAACUCCUGUCCCUGACCUUACCAUGGAAGGCUCGACGAUAGGAAGCACCAACAAAACCUCGUCGCAGGGCUCGAUCCCUGGAAUGUCUCCAGGAAUUAGCCGGGUUGAAAAGGAAUUCCUAGCCUUUUCACCUAGGAAGGGCUCUGAAGGGACAAUCGGAACUUCUAGCUCGAGCUGCUCUGGGAUCUUGUCAUUCGCCGGCUCCACAGCCAUCAUUCCCCAACCCAAUGACCCUCCAGCAGAGGAUGAGGUCUGGGAUGAGUAUGAUGAUCUUCUUGGUGAGGACGCUGCCAAGGGACUACCCUCAGCUACUUCAUCAAAGGGGGUUCCUUUCCACCUCGAGAGGUAUCAGUCGAAGCUGUCCAACAAGGGGAAGCCUUUGGAAUCCCCCACAAUUGUCCUCGAUGAUCGAAAGGCAGAUAGGCUGUCAAAGGCGACAACCAUUUCCAGCACCUGCAGUGCUGAUAUGACAGAGAGACUCAAAGCUGCUUUCCAACCUCACCCAAGCCCCACAGCUUCCUUUUCAGUCUCUGAGUUUGUUUCGGGCUAUGGAGACCGCAACAAGAGCACUGAGGUCGUCAAGGCGGUUACAGGGUCGCGACGAAGCAGCCAGUCAUCUUCCGGUACAAGACGGUCGAACGGCAGCUGUUCCUCUGAGGAUGGCUCCCCACUUGCGCAAGUCAACCUCCGGGUUGGCUCAAUGACAGUCAGCAAGUGGCUCACCUUUGGACAUGUGCUCUUUAGCGAUGUUCGCCAUGAGCUCGUUCCAGUCGAGGGCUCUCUGAAGCGACACUCCAUCUUGGUGAUUGAUGGCCUCGGUAACGAUGACUGGUCCUUUUACGCUGCCGAAACUUAUCCAGCUGCCACCUUCUUCAAUCUGUCCCCUCGAGCUCCUCUGCCCCCAGAGCUCAAGAGUUCGUCCUCAAGCUUCCCUCUUAGCCCACCCAACCACCACCAGAUCCAGUACAUGUCUCACCUCGACAAGUUUCCCUUUGCUCCUCAAAGCUUCAUGGCAGUUGUCUACCGGUUCCCUGUGGCGGCACCGGAGGCAUACUACCGCAGCAUUCUUACAGAAGCUCGCCGUGUGCUGAAGCCUGGUGGUUACAUCGAGCUCUCCAUUCUCGAUGUUGACCUGAACAAUAUGGGCAAUCGAGGUCGUCGCACGGUACGCCGACUCAAGGAGAGGAUCAACGAGAAGACCCCGGAUACGAGUCUCGGCUCGACCGCGGAUCUCAUUCUGCGUCUUUUGGGCAAGGCUGGUUUCACUACCAUCAAGGCAGCGCGUGUUGGUGUGCCUGUUGCCAGUUCCGUUACUCGCCCGAACGAGGGGAAAGGCAAGGAUGUCGCUAGUAAGAAGAAGGAUCACCCGAGCCUCUCUGAGAUGAUGAGCGACAACAGCCCCUUGGCGGACGAGGGCAUCACCAAGAUGGUUAGCCGUGUUGGCCGUUGGUGGUACACACGUUGCUACGAGAAUGCAGCGGAGAACCCCUCCGGAAGAAGCAUCUGGAGUGACAGACAUCUACUGUCCGAGUGCGAGGAGCUUGGAACGAGCUUGAAGCUCAUGGUCUGCUGUGCCCGAGCUCCCCUGGAACGCAUCACCAGUGUUUGA